UUUAUGGCUUUAUUAAUGCUUCCACUAAUAACAUUUGUAGCCUUCCGUGAUGGUACAGCAAAUACUGGAAUUAAUAAACAUUCAAAACAACAAAAUAAUUUAUUAUUUUUGGAAAAUUUAAAAAUAAUAAACGGGACAGAAUUAAUAUUGGAAUGCCCCCCAGCCUCUAUACUUGUACGAACUCAUAUGGCCCCUGAUUUUGAACAUCCCCAAUUAGUUAGAAAAUUAAAUUGGUUUUUUGAAGGGGUGCUAGUUGCUUCUUUUCAACAGCAAGAACUCGGUGCGGAUAUUGAACAACAAUUAUGGACAAAUAACGAAAGAUUGCUACUCAAACGUCCAUUUUUUGAAUUACGCAUUUUUCCUGUUCUGCCAAAAGACAAUGGGGAAUGGAUUUGUAUUUUGGAAACUGAUCCUUUAUUUGCUGAAGAAUUGCCGCUUCAAAAGGCUGGUGCAAAAUUGUUGGUGUUAGGUGGGUAAUUAAAUGUGUUUUCUUUUAGUGUUUGUGUUUAAGGCAAUUUCUGAUUAUUUGUAUUUUUACAAACUUAAGUUUUGUGUUCUUUGAACGAUAUUCUGAAUAUUUGUAUUUUCUUUCAAUUCUGAUUUUGUAUUUUUAGUGAAAUUCUGGUUUUUGUAUUUUUACAAUCUUAAGUUUUGUGUUUCUUUAAAUUUAACAAAAUUCUGAUUUCUGUAUUUUUACAAUCUUAAGUUUUGUGUUUCCUUUAAACAUAUGUAGUUCUGGUUUUUUGUAUUUUUUUUAUUUUUAAUUCUGGUUUUUGUAUUUUCACAAACUUAAGUUCUGAUCUUUUGUAUUUUCUUUCAAUUCUGAUUUUUGUAUUUUUAAAAUACAAAAAUCAGAAUUUUUAAAUUAUUUUCCUUUUCCACAUACAUUAAUAAUUUAAUUUAUUAUUAUUGUUUUUACAUUUCUUAAAAGUCCUUGCGCAUAAUAUCCGCGCAAAAUUAAUUAUUCUUGCUUGACCAAUUUUAAUUUAUGGAAUGGAUAUAUUUGACCAAGAAUGAUGGAAAAAGGAUAUUAAAAUUAAUUUAUUUAAUAUAAGGACACUAGAGUCUGAGACUCAAAAUCCUCCUGGACUCGGCCUUAUUUUUUAUUUUCUGUUACUCUAAUGUCCGGUCUGUUAAAGAAACAAAAUGACAUUAAUUUUGAUUGAGAAAAUAAAUCGCGUGACAAUUGAGUGAGUAAAAAUGAUGAUGUAUGUGAAUAAAUGACCGGUGGUUUUGGUUUUGGAAAAAAAUAUUGAGAGAGAGAGCGUGUCCAGAUGCAAUUUAAAAAAAUUAAAAUAAAAUAAAAAAGAAUGAGGAAAUUAAUGUGAGGAAUUUUAAAUGAAAAUAAAUUUGAGGAAAAUUGGUGAUGAAAUGGCUUGCUUUGUGAGGAUAGUACAGUAAUUGUGUGUAUUUUUUAAAUAAAAUUCUGAUUUUUAUAUUCUGUUUAGUAAUUCUGAUUUUUGUUUUUUCAAAGUAAUUCUGAUUGUUUUUAAUUUGAUUUUUCUUUGUAGAUAUUCUGGUUUGCGUU